AUGCCUCGAAAUUUUGAUUUUAUUAGAUCACUUAAUGAUGAUUUUUUCCUUACCGUACGGAGGGCCCAUUUAAUAAACCUAUAUGAGUUGCUUGUAACAUCACUUAGUGAUAGAAAUUAUUGCCGAGCCAACCGUAUCGUUGAAAUUUUAUUACAAUGUCCUGAGGUCGAUGUCACUCACGUUUGGAGGGCGGCUAUAGAUGUAUUAAUGCACCUUGGAAAUGCUGAAAAAACGUGCAUAGAUUUUUUUAAUCAAAUGCUAUUACAUACCAGGUGUAAGGAAGAAGUAUUGUUAGAAUUAAUUUCUUUUCAAUUACAUUCUGGCAAGCCACGAGACGCACUUGAAAUUCUUGAUACAUAUCUAACACAACAACCAUACAAAGAUAACCCACUGAUUUUUGGUUAUACUGGAAUGCUCGCUUUUGCGUUAUGGGAACAAACAAAUGUCAUUAUUAAUGGUUCCAGUGUUAUUAAGCCAAUAAUUGAUCAAGAAAAUGAGAAGAUAAAUGAAAAACCUGUCAUACAUGAUCUUGAGCUAUGUAUUGAACAACAGGCAAGGUAUUACGAAUUAAGUAUUAGUUCACUAAGAAUGGCGCUAGAAAUGGAUAAAUCAAAUGAUAUGUUUCUUGUAAUCUAUACACAGUUGUUAUUAGCUGAUGGUAUGGUUGAUGAAGCCUUAGAUAUCGUACGGAGUUUUUGCAAUCAAAAUCCACACAUUGUUAUUGGCCAUAGGCUCUUAUUCGACAUUUUAUACAAGCAUCGAAAUGAAGACACUGAAUGGGUUCAAGCUGGAAAAACAUAUCAUCGUAUAGAUCCAGUUAGUCCCCCUGAAGCCGUACUAAAUCCUCUAAUAAAUUAUUAUGAAAAUGUGAUGGAAAAUCAAACUUCUACUACGGAUAAAAGACCGCUAGCUGAAGUGCAUUAUAACAUUUUGGAAUUACUGUUUCAACGCAUUGAAAAUGGCGAUGAUGAAUUUGAGUACGUGAAAGAUGCUAUAGUUAAUUUUACAUGGCUAGAAUUUUUUGAUCCUCAGCGUGAAUUGACUAAUAUACUGCUAGAAAACCGUGCUUGGUUUCGUAAGUUUUUCUGGUUUCCAAACAACAAAACCAUAACAUGCUGGCAACAUAUGCAGUACUAUCGUAUAUUGGCCGUGUUCUGUGGGUGUAAAUCACAAGGAAUGAUUAUAUCACGUGCUAAUAAAUUAAAAUAUUAUAUACUUACCGGCAAAGGUGGUGAGGGUUUAAAAGGAUAUUUAUUAGAUUUUCGAGUAAAGAAACUGAAAGAAUUGAGGGAGAAUGUAGAAAAUAUAUUUGGAUAUUACUUAAAUGAAGUAGUAAUUCCAGAACCUAAAAGUGAUCAGUUAGACAUAAAUUCAGAAAAUGAAGAUGGUCAAUCAAGUGACGCAGAUUAUAUUUCUUUAGAAGAUGACCAAAUUGAUCAGUUGCACAUAAGCUCAGAAAAUGAGGAUGCUCAAUCAGAUGAAGAAGAUGAAGCGGAGUAUAUUUCUUUAGAAGAUGAUCUAUUAGAUUAUUUAUAUGAUGAAUUCUAG